AUGGCAGCAGAAAAUGAAACCCACAUUUCAGAGUUUCUUCUCCUGGGAUUUUCCAAGGACGCAAAACUACAGCCACUCAUCUAUGUGAUGUUCCUGACCAUGUACCUAACCACGGUGUUGGGAAACCUGCUCAUCAUCUUGGCCACCAGCUCCGACCCCCACCUCCACACCCCCAUGUACUUCUUCCUUGCCAACCUGUCCUUUGUGGACAUCUGCUUCGUCUCCACCACCAUCCCUAAGAUGUUGCAGAACAUCAGGACACAGAGGAAAGGGAUAAGCUACGAAGGCUGCUUCACUCAGCUCUUCUUUUUCCUCCUCUUCAUAGGUCUCGAUGACUUCCUCCUGACUGUCAUGGCUUAUGACCGCUUUGUGGCCAUCUGCCACCCCCUACACUACACGGUCAUCAUGAACCCCCGGCUCUGUGGGCUGCUGCUUCUGGGGUGCUGGGGCCUGAGUGUCUUUUAUUCUACCUUUGAAAUCUUGGGAGCUUUACGUCUGUCCUUCUGCACCAAGGUGGAGAUCCCUCACUUUUUCUGUGAACUCAAUCAAGUGCUUAAUCUUGCUUGCUCUGACAUUUUUCUUAAUACUGUAUUCACGUAUUGUAUCUCUGUCGCCCUUGCUGGGGGUCCCCUACUUGGAAUUAUUUACUCCUACUCCAAGAUUGCUUCGUCCAUCUGUGGCAUUUCAUCAGCUCAGGGCAAGUAUAAAGCCUUUUCCACCUGUGCCUCUCACCUCUCUGUGGUCUCCUUGUUUUAUUUCACCAGCAUGGGGGUGUACCUGAGCUCAGGGGCGAGUGAACAGUCCUCUGCAAGCACCAUCUCCUCUGUGUUGUACACGGUGGUUACCCCCAUGCUGAACCCCUUCAUCUACAGCCUCAGGAACAAAGACAUCAAGAGGGCUCUGAACGCUCUUUUUGUGCAGGGAAUGACAGAGCGGUCCAUUUUACUGCGCUGA